GGCAUCCAGCUUGCUAUUUAUUGCGUGGCCGCAUAUCUUCUUGCGUUCGUUCGCAGGCCGCGGCACACCCAAUGGCUUUUGACUUGCCCCCCAGGUCGCAAGGUCUGAAGCAAAGCAGGCCACGUCAGUACCUCCUACUGGCCCUAACGACUCUCGUUGCAUCAUGUACAAUAAUCAUGAUAUUUUCCAUGCGAACUGCAUCACAGGACUUCUCCUCUCCGCCAGUCGACUCGACAGCCAGCGAAAGGAUCACGCUUUUACUCGUCUCCAACAUCGCGGGCACGGUCAAUUUCAUCAUCAGUGAUGCUAUCGUCGUAUGGAGGGCUUGGGUUAUGUGGCACGAGGAGCGUGUAGCGAAAACCAUCCUCGCCUCAUGCACGGUAGCUGUAGUAGUCCUCGGUGUAUCAAGCUUAGCAUUGUCGUGCCUAUCGGUCUUGAACCCAGGAUAUUCGCCCGUCAACAACAACUACAUGUUGUGCAUCCCACUGCUCGUAAUGAACGUGGUUGCUACAUGUGCUAUAGGCAUACGGACUUGGCAGCAUCGACGAGAAAUGAGAGCAUUGCUUGGCAGCAGAAGACGGCGAACGCCUGUCGAGCGCAUCAUGCUGCUCCUCUUUGAGUCAGGCAUCCUGUACUGCAGCCUUUGGAUCGUCAUAAUACUCUCCGGUCAAGGCACACUGAAACCGACUGUAGAAAAAUCAAUUCUCGAGCUUGCCAUCGUUAUUUCUGCGUUGUAUCCCACUUUAGUCGUAAUCCUAGUCUCCUUGGGCAAGUCGCAGACGGAAACUUCCGUUGAUUUGCGCUCAGGGAUGGUUACGGCGCAGGGGAUGAAUGACAUGGAAAGAGGGCUAGCGCUAGAUCCUAUCCGUUUUCGUGUCUCCCAUGCACAUACCACCUCCUUUCACGUAUCCGGAGGCGACGACGUCAACGACUACUGCUCAUCCCCAAUUCUGCCUGUAUCUUCUUCCACUGCUUCCAUAGACCUGGAAAAACACGGAUAAAGAAGAGCCCGAAGACGCUAGCAGCUAUUGGUUCUGAGUUGAUUAUAUUCCUGUGUAUUCCUGCUUGACUGGUAUAUAGGU